CUCCAGCGUUUCUCACAGGGCUUAGUGUUUGGAAACAUUUUUGAUGAAGGAAGGAAGUAGACCUGACUAGAGGUGCUCCUGUUCUAGGAAACGUUGAUCGCUUACCUCCCACGCUUCUGAAUGGUAUCAACAUACUCCUCGUCGUCAACACAUCAACAUACCCGUUGCUAUCUACAUAGUCAUGUCGUAGUACCUUUGCCCUUUUUUGUUUUUACACAUCACAACUCCAUAACUGAAGAUUGGAAUUGAUAAACAAGUAGAAGCUUUACCUACAGCAUCAUCAAAGUCGCACAAUCAAACUAACCAACAAGAAGAUAGGCAUGGGCAAGGUCUUGUAAAAGAGCUCAAGAAGGACAAUAGUACUAGUUCUAGUUCAGCUAUUGUUGUGAGAAUUCAGGUGAAGUUCCAGCAUAUUCACAACUUUUGUAAACAAGAUUUGAGUGCUAGUAUUAAAGAACAAGGCGACGAAAGAUAGUCAACAACUAGAAAGAUAACGAUUGAUAAGUGGGAGAGAAAUUGAUAGAUAAGUAGAUUGAGUAAGACUUUCGGUAAGUGAAGAGAACAGCGAAAGAAUAAAUAACUAUGACAGACCGAGACAAGUCGGGCGGCGGCAAAACGACGCCGAUGGCGUCGCCGCGAGUCCCGAAGCCCCUAUUAGCGACUCCCGCACAGGACAAACGAUCCUCGGUUUUGGAUAGUUCUAGUUCUUCCCGUGAGUGCAGCAGCGUCUCGAAAAAGCGGAAGCUCAGCAGUAUGAAGAAGGAUCUGGCGGAGCACUUUGGUACUAAAACCACAGGCCCGGCUCCUUCUGGAAAGAACAUUCUGUCAAAUACGAAUACUACAACCUUUUCCCAAGCUUCAACCAGAGCAGGGACUAUGAGCAGCAGCGGCAAUAUUCCAAGUAGCAGUCGUGUCGGAGGUCCCUCGUCUUCAUCAUCAUCGAAGGCACCUAGCUAUGCGCCGCGGAGUCAACUGGAAUUUAUCCCGUCUUCUUCCGUGUCGACAGAUGGGGCUAGAAUCUCGUUCCCUGCCCUCUCACCGCCAACAAUCGAGCCAAAGGCAGCUAGCACGUCUCGCAAGCGCAAACUUUCCAGUCCUAGGGUACUAAGAAUUUUUAAAACUGUUUUCAUUUCAUUCUGGUCAGUCGUGGAUACACAGGGUGCAACUCAAUCAGGGUUUAUCUAUAGUGUGGAGUAAUAAUUCUUUUACAACGUAUACUUUCAGUUCUUCAUCCAGUCCUAGUACUAAGGACGACACCAGGAGCAGGACAACAACUAUCAUGAAGAUCCACUUGGUCUCCACUUCAACAUCUCGCACUCGCAGCUCUUCAAAAAACCUCGACCACAGGUUGAUGACAUCGCUUCUUCGCCAUUAUCUGCUGAUAGCGACCGCAAAAGGUUCGCUGCUUCCUCAAUGACCCCUGGUGGGGGUGUCAUUGACUUGACAACGCCAGAAACGAAUAAGGCGGUUGGGAACAAGUUCGCAAAGGACUACCCAAGUCCUCAGCGUCUAGACCUCGCAGAUGUGGACCACGUAACAACACCCAACAAAGACAAGCAAGCGCCCUCUUCAUCGAGCAGUCGUGGUGUUGAAAGCGCGCAGCUACAGCAGAGUCCUCUUCAGCUACAAAAAAGUCCUCGAGUGUUUAAUACACCAAAUGACCGACGUGGAGGAAGUACGACGGAGGCUACAGAAGUACUGCAUCUAACGAAAGAGAUCUCAGUUUCUCAGCGGAAAAGAAGUGAAGUAGAUGAAGAAGAAAUCGAUGCGCCCAGUACUCCACGCGGCGCAGGAGAGCUCAGUCUCGAGAAGCAAGAGCGACUCUUGCGUGCGCCCAUGAAGAAACCACUGAAAACUUCGAGCAAAUCCCAAAAUCAAGACGACGAUUUUGAAAUCCUCGAGGAAAGGUUUCUAGGUCCUGCUCGUGGGAGUGCGGUUUCGUCCUCUUCUAGUGCCGCUUCCAACUACUCGUCUUCGAGUGUAGUGGAUACAACUGGAAUGCAACGACGUAACGGCAACUACAGGCGUAGCGGUGCUGCAGGGGUUCUUGAAGGAAGAGGUCUAAGACGCGGUACUAAGAACGAGACCAAGUCUACUUCUAAGAAGAGGACGCCACCUUUUGUGGCCGCACUUGAGAGCGAGAAUCGUUUUGCGCCACGCCGUCUCGUGUUUGAAGACGAUAUUAGCGACGAUCUGCUGGAUGACGAGGAUGCAGGUGGAGCGACCGGCGACUCGGUGGAGCGCAAUCGCGUCGUUGCGUUCUACCAGCAGCGAGGAAGUCGUCGCGCGUCCGCUUUCUCCUCCUCGUCCGCAAGUGGUGCGGGUUCGGACACGAGUCGUGGUGGCGCAAACCGUGGCGUUCAGAGAGCGGUCGUAGACCACAUAGACGAAGAGUAUCUUCGGGAAGUGGACCACCAUCGCGCUGGUGCACAGGUGAAUCCAGCCACACUUGCUACUGAAGAUGGCGAAGAAGCGAAUGACAACAACGGAGGUGGCGUGCCGCCACGAGUAGAUGCAGAUGGAAUGAUACGUGGAGGUCGUGGACUAGAGGAUCAUGCUCCUGCUGUUCCCGCAAAUCCUAGUACUGGCCCAGCAGCUGGAACUAGUACAUCUUCUUCAACAACGGGUCUGAGAACGAGAAGCCGAGAUGAUGAGGCAGAUUCGGGCGAGCUAGUCCUGGACGACGCAUUGAGUAGUGCUGUGACAAGUAACCACGCGAGCGCUGGUGGCGGUUCCGGAGCUUCAAUGGACACGAUGGUGGCACAAACCUUGACGUCGGUCUUUUCGUCCGGCCGCUUACCGCAUCAGGGGGGGACUCUGCAAGGGCGCAGUCCGCACCACGGCGUCCGCGGUGGUUCCACCUCCGUUCUUCACCAAACGCGUACAUCAACGGUGAACGGCCUAAAAUCCUCCCUGGGAGGAGGUGCGGAUGUGGUGCGGCAAGUGAGUGUGGUGCAACGUCCAGAGAAUGUGCUCAACGACGAUCUUGCGCAACGACUCCAGCUGGCAGCGGCGAUCAUGAUCGACGCACGUCCGCAGGCAGAACUUAACGACCUCAUGCUCCGCAGUGCCUUGAAUGCUGGCGUUUUCUAUGUAUCGGACCGUCUAUCAAGAGAAUCCUCGCAGCAAGAGAAGGUAACUACUUAUCUGUGUGGUGUAUUUUUUCGUUCCUGGUGCGCCCGCGGCUAAACCAAAAAGCUUACAUAGGUAAUUCAUAUGCUUAUGCAUCUUAGCUGCUGAUGCAAGAAACAGAACAAAUUCGACAGCUACUUGGUUACAGUUACACCACUACCAAAUUAUCUACUAGACCACUCUCGUCCUAUAUGCAACAAGCACACCACUAUCAAACAACUCAGACUGCUUUCCUACAUGCGUUUGAUACGGCCGCAGUGUUCGGACCUAGUAUGGGCAUCCCACGACUGACUCGCUGGUGGCGAGCGAAGCGACUCGGACUUCUACCUCCGAUCGAUAUCUACUGCAUUGUUGGCGAAGCGCCUCUCGUCUGGGAGACCGUGCGAGCAGCCGCAUAGACGCAAGGAGAAGGAGAACAUGAGAUGGAGAUAUUUUCGAUCAUACAACAAGUGGGUUUUCUUUAGAUGCUGGAUCUGGAAAAGAGAUUGGCGCUCCGGGAAGAAGGUACUCGCACUAGAAGGUCUACUUCUUAGAUUGAUAGCUGCAUUCUUGUUUUGGCACUGGUGACUCUAUGUAUAAUGUUGUGUAGCUACUCUACGACCCCAGUCAUUUGUCUGAAUGAAGCGAGCAAUGCUGUGCUCCACCUUUUUUUACAACAGGUUCGUACUCCUGUUCUCGAGUCCGGCUGAUAAGACCGAAGCUACGAAGUAUGCAGUACGGCGGUGCGCGUCCGCCCACUAAUUUCUGCAAUAGAAAUACUUCCAGCUCACACAGAGUAUAAGUACUUAAAAUAAAUGCCUCUUUCAAUUUCUAUUUCAAUCAUUCGGGUUGUCUACCUCUGACUUCUGAGCUAAAUGAAAAAGGCUAUUAUGAAAAACCUUCUACGACAACUAAGACUCUAACACUAAGACCAUGUAUCCACUACCACUAACAAGAUGAAGAUUAAUGCUGCUGGUCAUAUGAACCACAACUACUACAAAUUUUUGGACUACUUUCGUGGCUGAGACCACAGGGAACAUACAACAAUGUAUAAUUUCAGUUUCGGGUCAAUCUUCCACCAUGUAAUUCAAUUUUUUGGUACUAUGAGAUUAAUGUCGUCCUUGGAAAUUCCUAGGCGAAAACAGAAUGUCAUACUUUUACUUGUUACAACAUGGACAAUGAAUCAGUUGCUAGAUUAUAUUUAUAUGACAAUCAUCAACAUCAUUGAUUCGAGGUAAACAUUGCUUAAAUAACGACACAAUCAAUCAAUAAAUGAACAUCAAUAAAGUAUCGGGACAUGAUCAAUUUUCACAUAUUUUUACACUAGCACAACGAGUAGAAUUUUAAGAUGGUGAGUCAUGAUCGACGAUCAUGUGGCUCUACACCUAGGUGAAACAAAAUUUGACUCUUUAAAAAGAGGAGCAUCGGCAUCUUGCGGGUCGGCCUAGGCGUAGGAGAUGACAACGUGCUCAAAAAAAUAGUGACUGAAGUAGAUCAAAGAGGUUAUUGUCAUAAAGACGUCAAGAACAGGGGAAUAAUUAUUACAUGAAAAACAACAACAACAUGUUGAACAUUGAAAUUGAUUUUUUCGGGAAAGUAACUUGAACGAACUUGUACACCUGAUGCGCAUGGAGAGGUCCUCUUCCGACAGGUGUGGUUGUAGGAAUCAAUUAUGUGCUUGAGCUUGGAGGUAUUGGAGGUUUGUCAUGCCUAUUGGAGCUUAUAUUCUCUUCUUCAAGUGGGUUUAAAGACUUGUAUUGCUGUGAUUGAAAAUAGCAUCCUUUCAUCAAUCAUGUUCAACCUACUUACGUCAGGGGUGGAGGCUUUUCAGCCCCACCUUUAGAAAGUGGUAGUGGUACAACGGGAGGAAAUGGCGUUGUAUGGUCAACAAUUUUGUUCAUAAUUGCUCGGACGAGUCAAGUGAGAUGCUUCAAGCUUCAUUCAUUCAUUUUGUUGAAUGAUGGAUGUUGCUAUGUGACAAAAA